GACUGGGUGCGCCAGUUCUUGCGAGCUGCGGGCGGAGGUGGGCGUGUGAGAUGGCGAUUGGAGUGGGGCUUAUAAGCUUUUAGUGCUGCUGCUGAUUUUGCCCUUUUUAUAUUCAUUGACUGUGACUACUUCUAUCCUGAUCACCACUCAAAUAACCCCAGGAAAAGCCCACUCUCGCCAAAGAGUUGUAGCCCACAGACCAGGCCCCCAGCUUUCAGACUUUAUCUAGCUCAAACUCACACUGGGUCUUAGUGAUAUUAUUUGUAUUCAAAAUGGAUGAUAAGCAGUUAGCAUAUGAAGCAAUGUGUGCUGGUGGUGAUGUAGGGAAGCCAACACCUUGGAAGAAGAAAGACCAAAAUCCAGGAGCCCAGCGCAGGGUCCUCUGGGAUGAUUCGACAGAGGGCGGAGAAGAAGACAUCACGCUACCUGAGGAGGACGAGUGGCUCAUCUGGGCCGGCGGUCCGGGCCGAAAACAGGCGCUGCUCCGGUUCAACGCGGCCAACCUGGAUGACGAGCCGCCCGACCCCAUCGGCCGCCAGUACCAGAUGCUCUUCAAAAUGCAGAACACGGACAGCAAACUGUUCCGGCGAGUGAUGGACGUCCACGGGAUCAGCGAGUCCUCGGCGUCUGUCAGCGACUUCAAUAUCCUCUGGACCGGGGUGCACCCGAAGCCGUUCGUCCUGCGGAACCUGUACGACUACCAGCGCGUCAACCACUUCCCCAGGUCGUACGAGCUCACCCGUAAGGACCGGCUCUGUAAGAACAUCGAGAGGAUGAAGUACAUCCGCGGCGCCAAACACUUUGACUUCAUACCGCCCAGCUACAUCAUGCCCACUGAGUAUCAGGAGUUUUGUUCGGCGUUUCUGAAGGACCGAGGAGCGUGGAUCGUGAAGCCGGUGGCCUCGUCACGCGGCCGUGGUAUCUACCUCAUUAACCAUCCGGACCAGAUCCCCCUGGACGAGAGUGUGGUGGUCUGUAAGUACAUCGAGAACCCGCUGCUGGUCGACGGCUACAAGUGCGACGUGCGGCUGUACGUGGCCGUCACCUCCUACGACCCUCUGGUGAUUUACCUGUACGAGGAGGGCCUGAUCCGCUUCGCCGCCGUCAAGUACGACCAGAGCGCCAAGAUGCUGUGGAACCCGUGUAUGCACCUGACCAACUACAGUGUCAACAAGUACCACACCAACUACGUGCAAAACGAUGACGCCGAGGUGGACGACUACGGUAACAAGUGGUCUCUGUCGGCCCUUCUGCGACAUCUCAAACUGGCUGGCGAGGACACCACGAGACUCAUGCAGGACAUCGAGGCCAUCAUCGUGAAAUCCAUCAUCGCCGUGGCGCCGACAGUGACCACGGCCUGUAAGAUGUUCGUGCCCACCAGGAAGAACUGUUUCGAGCUGUACGGGUUCGACAUCCUGAUCGACUCCUCGCUCCGUCCGUGGCUGCUGGAGGUAAACCUCUCGCCCUCUCUGGGCUGUGACACGCCACUCGACAGCAAGGUCAAGUCGGCAGUCAUCUCUGACCUGUUCACUCUGAUCGGGGUGCCGGCCGUGGACCCGGGCCGCGCCAGACAGGUCAAACAGAGGCAGAGGGCUGUCGUCAGGGUGCGCGCCCCCUCCAUGGACUCUGUUCCCCGCGGCGGUAAGCCGCUCCGUUCGGCCCUCUCUGCCGAGGAGGCGCGCAUCGUCCGAGAGGUACGCGAGGAGGACGCGCGGCGCGGCGCCUUCAUCCGCAUCUUCCCGGCGCCCGAGACGUGGUCUCUGUACAGCUGCUUCCUGGCACCGGUCAACUCGCACCUGAACCAGAUGCUGCACGAGGAGCUGUAUCCGCACACCAUCGGCGGCCCGCAGGGCAGCUCUGGUCCCCGCUCGCUGUGCCGCAAGAGCAGCAGUAUCCCCUCUCUCAGCAUCACGAGUCGGUCUCGCAGCGAGCGGACCGCCUGCUAUGAGCGGCCGCUGGCGCGCGGCUCCAAGGACGCGUUUGUGGGCGCCGGGGAGGGCGGGAGGGACGCGGCCGAGCGGGCCACGGAGCGGCUCACCGUCAAACGGGAGAUUAUCGAGCAGAUGCAGCGAGGUGUCAGGAUGAGCCGGUACCAGGCGCGACUGGCGUUCAGUUUCUACCUGCAGCACAUUCAGCGCCGACUGAUGUGUAACAUGGAACAGGUGCAGGGCUCUGGCCAGCUGGAGCUCGUGCUGAGGUUCAUCAGGAAGGCGGCGAGAAACCUCACCGACGCCUACGCCAUUCAGACGCCGGGCCGACACUUUACACCGGUGGAGAAGGCGAUCCUGAUCGCCAAGCAGCUGGGCGACUUUAUCCACCUGUACAACCGGGAGACACUGGAGCACGUGGCGCCGCGCGAGAGCCCGGCACUGCUGGACGCUCAGCUGCACAAACAGUUCGUCACCGGGGCCAGUGAGUCGGACCUGGAGGAGGCGCUCACGCUGCACACGUCGCUGUUCAACUCGGCCGACCUGUUCCUGGGGCGGGCGCGCGCCCGAGAGCCCGCCUCCCGCGCGCGCACCGCCCCCUCCAGCGCCGCCACCGACGAGACGACCAGCGUGGCGCGCACUGACGAGGACGGCGCGCCGGACUCGGAGACGGCGCGCGCGCGCCAGACGGGAGCCCUCUCCGUGGGGAACCUGCUCAAAACGUCCCUGAGGGACUUCCCGGCACCGGCGGGCGGCGGACGGGACAGAGUGCGAGCGCUCAACAAGAUUUACAGGUAACGGACGGCGGCCGAACUGUAGCCUUCCCGCCAGGCUAGACCAGGGUCUGGACUAGGUCUGGUCUGGUCUGGUCUGGUCUUGUCUGGCCUGGCCUGGUCUGGCCUGGCCUGGCCCGGUGAAAGGUCUAGUCGGGUCUAGUAUAGUCCGGGCCAGACGGACGCGCCCUGUGGGUGGGUGGGCAGCCGAGGGUCCCGUGGCGCCCCCUGCGGGCUGUCUCCGUAGGCGUGGACCUCGCCUUCACUUCCGAACCGAUCUUCAUGGGCGACUGCCGCGUCGAACGGCCGCGCCGCCGCGCUGCGAGCUAGCUAAAUCACCAGGGUACCUGCGAGUUGGCUUACAACACUAGUCAGUGACACCAUAGCUAGUACUUAUUGCGGAGCCACUACCGUUUUCAGUGAGCGAUUUGGGUGUAAUAACGAAUAGGAACUACUUUUCAGUAGUUUUGCGAUGCGAGCAGACACUAGUUGAAGCGUCGAAGCAUCGAAAUUAGUCUGGGUUCAGUGUGCUGAAAUGUUCAGUUGAUUGCGGUACUAAUCAUGAUACCAAUGCGGCGCUUUUGCGUCGUGGCGAAGCUAGUAUUAGUGAUCACUUCUAUGCUAGUGAAGCAGCAAUUCUAUUUUCAAAUUAGUCAAUGUUAUGUGUUAUUUUACUACGCAUGCGUGUUUGUUUCAAUAUUCUUGUUCUAAUCUCGUGUUGUUUUGUGUUAUAGUUGUCUCGUUUUACGCUGAGUAUCACUCUGCAAUGUCAGCGAUAAGUGAUUAUGGCGAAGCAACUGCCAGCUCACUUCCUUACACAUUCUUUAGCUCAGUAUUAUCUGUCGGUAGUUUUUGCUAUUCCUACAUCCGAAUACUGCCAGCUAGAGUAUUAUUUUUGGCAGUGGCCGAAGCUUUACCGCAUAACUUACGUUUCCUGCUGCGUUGUGGAUUAUGCCAGGUCGAUUGGUGUUUAGUGUGAUUGUGUUUGUUCACAAAUUAUCUAUUUAUUUAGUACCAGCUACUUCCCUGAAAAUCAUGUGUCUUACGAGUGCAAACACCUAUAUGUGCUACUUACCAACGAGAUUAUUCAGGGCGCGGAGCAACGAUCGUCUUUUUUCCUCGGCGAUGACUUAAAGUUUGCGUGUUAUGUACUGAUGUCAUGUUCCUCAAGCCGGGGCCUGCCAAGCCAAAGCCAAUGGUGCACAAUGGGCCUGUGUCGCGACUCCGCGUGGUCUGUAGGACCGCGCGGCGGGUGCCGACGGCCCGACCUGCCUUUCAUAUCGAGUCACUGGGUCACAGAGAGAGGAAGGGAGGGGAGAGAGAGGGAUGAGAGGAGCGAGCGAAUACAGUCAGGCACAAAGGGA